CCAGUUUUAUUUAUUUAGCAUUAAUUCACGACAACAGUCACCUCAAGAUGCUUUGUAUUUUUAGGACAAACGGUCUUUAAUGUUUGAAAGAAAACCACAAAAAUAAGAUGAUUCCUAUGAGCAAGUAGUUGGCAACAGUGGGAUGGAAAAACUCCCUUUUACCAGGAAGAAACCUCCAGUCGGAAGAACCAGAUUCAGGCAGAGGAAGGAUGAGGUGAGAGAGAAGAGAGCAUCGAGAGAUGCCACCAAUUUAUUUUUAACUUUAAACACAAGUAUGUUGUUUUGAAUUUAAUUAACAACAUAAUAUUUCAAUACAACAAAAUGCAGUAAAUUAAAUCCAACAUAAAAAGUUCAUUUACAAUGAAUAACACUUUAAUUUAAAGAGGAUUGUCCUAAUAGGCUCUCCAUAUUUCUGAGUUUGCACAUGUGCAGUGUGGAAGUUUGAUCAUCGCCAUUUUCAACUGAGACUUGUAUAUGCUUAGUAUCCUGGAUAGAAUCCAUCGCCAUCUGAGGAUUAUUUGUUUCCAUUGGCUAUCAUCGCUACCGAAGACAGGAAAUCAUCAAAGACAUGCCAUUCAUUGCAGAGGUCAAAAACAGAUGGCCUGCCCUGUUUUCAGAGACUGAGGUUAUUGCAGAGUUCGCCCGCAUCACCAUCGUCCCUUUGUUGUCAACUUUCAUGGCCAAGCUGGACCACUACGCUGACCACCUUCUUAGUGUUCAAAGAGAAGGGGGAACAGCUAAACGCAAUAUGAACUUAAUCAUGGCAGCCAUGGAUGGGAAUCCCAGCGUUGAUGUUCGACGGGAAUGCGUUCUAAAAACUAUCUGUGUCUACUUAAAUGAAAAGCCAGACGACCUGUUCAAGGAAUUCUUGGAUGUGGAUCUUGGAGCAAGCAGAGAAACGGAGCAGCUGACUUUGGGAGUCUAUGUUGUCAAACAUGAAGGAGCAAACUCUGUAGAUACACCUGAGGACAUUGGUGUCAUCAUAGAAGGAUGCACUGUGCUGCAAGCUCUUAGUGAUGUGGCAAAGGGUUGUGGCCUCCUGCUUGGACUAAUCUACAGUCUAAAUCUGAGGUACCCAAAGCACCUGAAAUACACAUUUGAAUUUCUUCAGAAGGUGCUGAUGGAGUUGGAUGGGAACAACCUAUCCAUGAAGGUGCAGGUUCUGAAAAACAAACUGCUUGAGUGAAACAGCCUGCACUGAACUAUAGAGGACACUGAACUUUAAGGUUCUCGAACCCUUCUCCUUGCACUUCAUAAACUGUUCAGUUUGAAUUGCCACAAGAACUUCUGCAAGGCCUUUCACUUUUCUGCAUUCUUUGCUCUUGAACCUUUACCAACAUCCAACUACACUGAAAAAGGCUGCUCCUAACUUUGGACUUCAGUUUAAGUUUUGAAGCAAUGGUUAUUUUUCUAAAUAUGGACAAAAAUGACACUAAAGUAAUUUCUACCUGCUGUUUGCAGGGCUGUAUUGCGGGCUUUUCAUUGUAGCCCACACUGUUAGCCUUUGCAGUAAUUUCCAUAGCUUAGUACUGCAAAAUCAACAGUAAAAAACUAAAGGAUGUUAGCAGGUUAAUAUUGUAAUUUGCAUGUAAUUGUGGGAAAAUUCCAUGAGAUUACAUUAUUUUUACGGUAACUCACCGUACUCAUGGAAACAGCUGUAAAAUACAGCAAAUGUAACAAUUGGUGAUGUUACUGAGAUUAUACUAUUACACCAUCCGGAUUUCUGUUGUUUUCUACUGUAGAUCUAAGAGUAAUUACUUAAAUCCUCAUUCAGAGUGUAUUACUAUAAAAUGCGAUUCACUGUGAAAGUAGCAUAACAUAUAAACUACAAUAUACAGCACAAUUUUUAACUUAAGGAGUAAGUUGCAGCCACACUAAAAUUUAAUUCCUUGAACUGAA